AUGGCUCAGUCAACACUUUGUCAUGUUAGGUUAUUCGUGAUGUUUAUGCUGGUUUUGGCGAUUGGUGCAAAAACUCCACCAGGAAUUGCUAACAACCCUAGCCAUGCAACUUGUAAAGACCCGUCGUACAAAGAAUGCCAUAAUUUAGUGCAUGUUUGCCCUAAAUUUUGUCCUGAUAGUUGUACCGUUCAUUGUCAAUCGUGCAAACCUAUUUGUAGCGGAGAGACUCCCCCACCACCUAUUCAUGUAGAUCCAUACCCACCACCACCUCCUCCGGAACCACAACCUCCCUCACCUGUAACACCAACACCAUCACCACCUCCUCCCACGCCCUCCCCUCCCCCUUCUCCACCAACACCAAGCCCGACACCACCCACACCAUCCUCACCAGCUCCCCCCACACCUUCACCACCCGUAGAGUCCACACCGCCAACACCGCCCUCACCUCCCAACCACCCACCACCACCUCCCCCGAGCCCGACACCACCCACACCAUCCUCACCACCUCCCCCCACACCUUCACCACCUGUAGAGUCCACACCACCAACGCCGCCCUCACCACCUCCAACCACCCCACCACCACCUCCCCCCACACCUUCACCGCCCGUAGAGUCCACACCGCCAACGCCUCCUUCACCACCUCCAGCCACUCCACCACUACCUUCCCCAAGCCCGACACCACCCACAUCAUCCUCACCACCUCCCCCCACACCUUCACCGCCCGUAGAGUCCACACCGCCAACACCGUCCUCGCCACCUCCAACCACCCCACCACCACCUCCCCCAAGCCCGACACCACCCACACCAUCCUCACCACCUCCCACCACACCUUCACCGCCCGUAGAGUCCACACCGCCAACACCGUCCUCGCCACCUCAAACCACCCCACCACCACCUCCCCCAACACCAACACCACCAACACCAUCCUCACCACCUCCCACCACACCUUCACCACCCGUAGAGUCUACACCGCCAACACCAUCCUCACCACUUCCACCCACCCCAUCACCACCAGUAGAGUCUACACCACCAACACCAUCACCACCUCCAACCACCCCUUCACCACCUGUUGAUUCCACACCACCAACACCGGCCUCACCACCAAUAGAGUCUACUCCACCGACACCCUCUACUCCAUCACCCACCACACCUGCUCCACCACCCCUUACUACCCCUUCACCUCCAGAAGAGUACACACCACCUCCGACUCCUACACCAUCACCCACAACACCUGCUUCACCAUCGACUCCUACUCCAUCUACACCUUCACCUCCAACAUGGGUCCCUACUCCACCUUCUAAACCGAAGAGAGUUAAGUGUAAAAACAGCUACUAUCCCCAGUGUUACGGCUAUGAGCAAGCAUGUCCUGUUUCUUGUCCGGACCAAUGUGAAGUUGAUUGUGUCACAUGCAAGCCAGUUUGCAAUUGUGAUAUGCCCGGAGCAGUGUGUCAAGAUCCUCGUUUUAUUGGUGCUGACGGCAUUACUUUUUACUUCCACGGUAAAAAGGACAAAAAUUUUUGCCUUGUUGCCGAUAAAAACCUCCAUAUCAACGGUCAUUUCAUUGGCAAGAGGAACACAAACAUGGGCAGGGACUUUACUUGGGUUCAAUCCAUUGGGGUUAUGUUUUACAACCACAAGCUAAAAAUCAGUGCUAAAAAAACUUCAUCUUGGGAUGAUGCCUAUGACCGUAUUUCUGUUGAAUUUGAUGGGCAAAGCAUACUUCUCCCAGAAACAGAAGGUGCCAAAUGGAAAUCUUCUACUACUUCAAUAACUAGGAUUCGUGACACCAACAAUAUCGUUGUUGAAGUUGAAAACCUUUUCAAGAUCACUGCCAAAGUGGUUCCAAUAACAAAAGAAGAAUCUAGAACCCAUAAGUAUGAUAUAACCGAUGAUGAUUGUUUUGCUCAUCUUGAUCUCAAGUUCAAGUUUUUCUCUUUAAGUAACGAAGUGGACGGGGUUUUGGGACAGACUUACAAGAGCGACUAUGUGAGCAAGGUGAAAAUGGGGGUGCUUAUGCCGGUCAUGGGAGGAGACAGGAAAUUUAGGGGUGCAAGUUUAUUUGCAGCUGAUUGUUCUGUUGCUAAGUUUAAUGAAAACAAUGAAGGUUCUCAUUUGAACAUCCAAUUGCCAAGUUUGAGUUGCCAAAGCGGUUUAAAUGGCCGAGGUGUCGUUUGCAAGAGAUAGAUUGCUCCUCUUCUUGUUACUCCAGCGUAUGCUAUUAU